AUGGAGCACCCCUCCUAUGUCAACAACGCCGUGCCUUGCGCACCAUACACUCGUCGAGCCCCUAGCCCGCCCUUUAUUCACAUCCCGCCUACGGGGCAAUGUGGAGGUUCUGGGGUCCCAAACCUCAUGCCAUCGUACGAAAAUGUCGACCCGAGUCAGUUGACAGCCGCGGAUGUGGAAAUCAUCACCCAGAACGCCAUGCAGAUCGCGACCGACCGCGCUGCAGACUGGUCCUACGAGUUGCGCCGCGAUGCUCAGAAAUUGGUGGACUUUCUCUACCUCGGUCCCAACAGCGUCGUAAAGGACCAUUCGUGGCUGGCUAGUGAGGGCAUUACCAUGAUUUUGGCCACCAGGGAUGCGCGCAUGACGGGGAGAAAGCUCAUGACCAUAGAGAAGGCAGCGGAGGCUCUGGGAAUUGUGGUGCAAUAUGUUGACCUUGACGGCUACGAUACACUUAUUCGUGAUCUUCCUGGUAUCAUUCGACUCACCAACGACCACCUUCUAUCCAUCUACCACAGACAGGCUCAAGGAAGGGGUCAAAAUGGCGACAUUGUGGUCGACCCCAGUACCUUCCGCCGAGGCAAGGUCUUGAUUACAUGCGAAACUGGAAACGACCGCUCAGCCGCCAUCGCUGCGGCUUACAUCAUGGCUGUUUUUGGCAAAGACAUGGUCACCGCAGUACAGUUCAUCACCGUUCAACGCUUCUGCUGCUCGUUUGAUGAGGAUAUCAAGCGCAAGCUCCAGAGCUGGGAGGACGUUCUUCGCGCGCGUUCACAGAUAGCUUCCGACACUGCCACUCCGCGAAACGCAACGCACGCAAAGCGACGCAUCUCCGACGUCAUGGACACCGACGAGGACUCUGAUGUCAAAGAGCACUCGGUAGAUCAGGACCGAUUUAUGGGACGAAGCGGGUUUGUCCCCUUCGUUGAUAUGUAA